AUGUUUAAACCAAGUUAUAUCAUGUUGAGUGCGUUAUCUAAACGCACAAAUAAAGUUACUGUUCAAGUGUUAAAGGAUUUUCCUGAUUUCCAAUUAUUUAGAGGUCAAGUUGCAGAGGUUAAACCAUCUUUAAUGCGGAAUUACUUACAUUAUAAUAAUGGUGCCCGUUACAUUUUGAAGGAUACUGACAUUGAUUCACAGUUAUUGAAGUUGAAUGCUCAGAGAGAGGCAGACAUGAAGAAACUAGCUGCAGAGGCUUUGCAAGACGAACAAUUGCUCAUGAAGUCAAAUACAAAGACACAGCAGAAAUCAGUGACAGAGGAGAAGAAUACUAAACGUAAUGAGGAGAAACAGUCUUACAAGAGUGUACUGGAUCAAGAUUACUCUAUUGAGAAUGUCAAGAUCCCAGGUCUUGACCUUUAG